AUGGUCAAGCCGGUUGUUUCUGCCAUGAAUGCAUGGACAUGCAUUGUCCUCUCCGUUUUUGCCAUUGUCAUCCUGUCCACCAUUGGAGCGUUGUUCAAAUCUGGAAGCAACACUAUGCUGGGUGGGGAAGAGGAUCCUGAAGAUGGCAGCGCUGUUGCUGGGGCAGUCUUUGGAGCAGUUUUCAUCUACAUUGGCUUUUUCAUCUUCUGCGGCCUUCAGGCCUUCCUCCACAUCCGCGAAAGCCGUCGCGGCGCAAUAAGCCUGUCUUGA